UCCAUAGCCAUUUAGAAAAAGGCAAAACGAAGCAAUAAGAGUGGAAUUGAAAAACCACGCGUCGUCGUGCCCUCCUUCCCCUCCCCUCCCCUCCUUAAGGAGUUUUCUUUAAACAAUCCUCACAACCCUUCUUUUCUCUCUCUCUCUCUCUCUCACCGCACCAGAAAGAUUUCUUUCAAAAUCUUGUCACCACCACUACCAACAGAAUCAAUCAGAAGAAGGGAUAUUUUAUUUGAUUCUAAAGCCUCUUCGUGUUUUUCUGCGAAUGAUUUUCAUUUGAAUCCUGACCUCAUCAUCAUUCACUCUUGAUUAUGGGGUCGUCUUCGACUUCGAUCUCUGAUCUCCAGCCGAACUCCAACUCCGACCGAUUGCCGGAAUCGAAGCAAAAAAGGCGAGGAAGAAUCGCAACUGACAAUGAAAUCCAAGAUGUCCAAAUCAAUCAAACACAAUGGAAAUCCCCGUUCGAACAACAGAUCUACUCAACCAAGCUCAUCGAAGCCCUCCGUCGAGUCCGCCGGAACCCAAACUCUCCGGCCUUUUCUCCCUUCACGACUCGCGCCGUCCGAGAGACAGCCGACCAAGUGCUCGCCGUUACUGCCAAAGGAAGAACUCGCUGGAGCAGAGCCAUUAUAACCGCUCGGCUCCGAUUCAAACUCAAUCAAAAAAGUAAAAAUCACAAGAAAUUAGGCAAGCUGGCCGGCGAUGUCUGGUCGAAGAAACGGUUGGUCAAGAAGAGGCUACCGCCGUUACAGCGAAAGGUCAAGGUUCUCCGCCGGUUAAUUCCCGGCUGCCGGAAACUCUCGUUCCCGAUUCUUCUAGAAGAAGCCACCGAUUAUAUAGCCGCUUUAGAGAUGCAAGUCCGAGCCAUGACCACUCUCGCGGGACUCCGCACUGGCUCAGCCGCCGGGUCUUUAGCCGCCCCUUCCGUUCAGCUCGGCUCCAAUCUCUGUUAGCCAUGGCUUAUUACUUUGCCGAGGUGGUUUUUCCUAAAGCCUUGUUAAUUACUGGGAUUAUAAAUCCGUGUAUUUUAUUGUAUAAGUGACUUUUUCCUUCCCUCUUUUGGGUUCUUUAAAAUUUUUAAAUAUUUUGAUUGGUUGAUUGAAUCAUGCCAACUAAUUUUGUAGUU